CAUUUACCCGCACAUUUUUUUCAGUUUCAUCUUGAACGUUGAUUAGAAUAAUUUCUAAGAUGAAUCCCAAAUUUUCACAUCCAUACAAAGACCAUUCUGAGCCCUAUCAAUGGGAUGAUGAGAAAAUUGAUGAUAUUGACGAGCUUCAUGAAUGGUUACAACACCAACCACGCUAUCCCAAGAUGACAAAGAAUCAUGUUCACCAAUUUUAUCAUUCGUGCUAUUAUAAUAAAGAGGAAACGAAGAAAGCAUUUCAGAAAUAUGUUGAACUUCGUGCGUCGGCUCCAGAAUGCUUUGGAAUAAGAGAUCCACUUCUGCCAGCAAUGCAAAAUGUUUACACAGCCACGAAUAUGGUCGCCUUGCCAAAACUCACAAAAGAUGGAUAUCGAAUCUUGAGCUAUCGACUGAAAGAUUAUACACCAACACGUCUAAUAUUCGGGGAGGCUGUAAAGGCAUUCAACAUGUUUAAUGAUGUCGUAAUCAGUGUCGAUGGACCAAUAAAUGGAUAUGUUGUCAUAUUUGAUAUGGAAGGUGUUUGUUUACGACAUUUAACUAGAGUUCAACUUGGACCACUUCGGAACUUUAUGGCGUACAUUCAGGAAGCUCACCCCGUGCGACUAAAGAAAAUUUAUAUUGUUCAUGCUGCAUGGUUUGUAAACCAAGCCUUUGCCAUUGCGCGGCCAUUCAUUAAAACUGAAUUAAUGUCACUAUUACAUUUUACCACUGGUGGACCAGAUGAAAUUUUCCCAUUGGAUAUUUUACCAUUAGAAUACGGAGGCGAACUAAAGUCAUUAGAUGAGUUUCAUGAAGAGCAAAAGGAGCGUUUAGAGAAAGAAUACCGAGAGUGGCUCAUUGAUUCAAGCAAUUUAAAACUAUUACCGAAGGAGAAAAAGUCAGAUAAAAAACCUAUGUUUGAUGCCAACGCAAAUGCUUGCGAUCCUCCCGUUGCGUCACUUAAUAAAUUGUCAAUAGAUUAAAUGUGUAGGUUUACGUUUCAUUUCGUUUUCGUCCUUUUGUUUUUAAAAAAUCAAUUCAUUAUGCUGUUUGUUUCAUACCCACGUGAAAAAAAAGAAGAAAAGCGAAAGGAAAUAAUAUCCUGUAAAUGAUUAAGGAUGGUGUGUCUGGAUUUGUGGAUGUUGUUGGCUUAAAUUUGAUAUUGGUUCUAAUGGUUCUAAAUAUUGGUAAAUUUAAUUUGGUAUUAGGCAAAGAUUUUGAGAUUAAAAGGUUUUGAAGACACGAUUGCGUAUUGUGGACCAUAGUUUAAGAAGACCUGCUUCACAGAUUAGAACCAUUAGAAGCAUAAUAAUUGACUCCCAACUUUAAAUUAUGAUAAUUAGAGCCUACAUAAGGCUUGAUGCCCCAGAAACUUAUAAAAGUUCAUUAACCUCAAAUCUGACCAAAACUUCCUUCCCAUCCACACACCAUCCUAAAAAAAUGUUGACAUUUUAUUACUUCUAAUGCAGGUAUCAGGUACAUUAAGUUUAUUUAAAGAAGAACAAACAUUCUUCAUGCAAUUUUAUUUUCAUUUAAUUGUGAUUGUGUUUGUGUAAUGG